AUGGUAUUUGCACAUCGCAGUCGAACAGAGGGUAAUGGGCUAGCGACCGCGCUCCGAGUCGGUUCCGAUGAAAGAACCCAGUCGCGUUCGGGAAAAAGUGAAGAAAAGUGCAAGUCAACAAAAACUCGAGCGUUGAGAGAACUACGAGAACUGGAAGAAUGGAAUCGACUGGAGGAACUCGAGGAAGAGAACCAGCGCAAAAUCCUGGAAUUGGAGCGGAGGAGAAUUGCCCGUAAGAAGAAGGUGAUCGAGAAACGGUCGGAAUUGAGGAUGAUUAUCGAGGUGGAAGAGAAGGUCGGCGAUUUCGUUUUGAACGAGGAGGAUUUCCCAGAUUUGGAUGCUGCGGAAGCUGGAGUGGAGAGGUGGCGACCGGAAGAGAAACUUCCGGGGAAUGUACGGCCGUUCGAGCAACGGAGCAAUACAAGGCCACCAAAGUUGCAGCCGUCAACGAUGCUGUCGUCCAAGGAUAGAUGUCCGAGGGAAAUUCCAGUGGUUCCUAACGUAAGACUGGCGCGGCCCACCUUCGAGAAUGAAGUCAACCUUCGGUAUUCGUUUCGGGAUGAUGUGUCGGUCGAUGAGCGAGACUCCGGAUUACACCAGGCGGAGGCGGGGCCUUCGCGAUUGCAGAUAGCUUCGAGACAGGUAUUCCCAAGGCGACUGCCACGGUUCAGUGGUGCCGCUGAAGAUUGGCCAAUGUUUAUCAGCGCCUACGACCAAGCGAAUGUGUCCUGCGGAUUCACCAACGCUGAAAACUUGGAACGCCUACAGGAAGCAUUGGAAGGGAAGGCAUUAGAUACGGUACGAAAUCGACUUCUUCUUCCGGAGAAUGUACCAUCAAUAAUGGAGAAGUUGAAGAAACGAUUCGGAAACCCAGAGGUGCUUUCAACAAGGCUGGCGAAACGGGUUCAACAACUGGAGGGACCCAAGGUGGAGAGUUUGGAAUCGGUCAUUGAAUUCGGGAGCGCUGUGGAGGAGUUUACUCAACACCUGAAAGCAGCUGGCCUCACGGAUCACUUGAAGAAUCCCAUCUUGAUGCAAAGCUUGGUCCAGAAGUUGCCGUCGUAUUAUGCCAUGGAGUGGGUGGACUACAAACGACGAGUCCACACAGUCGACUUGGAAACCUUUGGCGACUUCAUGGAAUGUUUGGUUGAAAAGGCGUUAGAAGCAACAUUUGACAAGGCGGAAUUGAGCGAGUGUUCCAGAAAGCGGGAGAAAUCAAGAACAAAGGCUUUCGUAAACUCCACGAAUGCAAAACCCCGUCAACUCGUCGAGAAAAAGUCGCAGAACGUGCAAACCCGAAAUAUGAACUGCUGCGUUUGUCAUAAAGCAGGGCAUUUCGGAAGAAAUUGCCAGGAGCUGCUGAGACAGACUGUUGGGGAACGGUGGCAGACAGUGAAAAGGCUGAACCUAUGUCCGCUCUGCCUGUACGACCACGGAGAUCGCUCAUGUCGAAUAAGGAUGCAGUGCAAGGUAGAUGGAUGCCAAGAAAAGCAUAACGCUCUUCUCCAUGGACGUUCUGGAGGAUUAUCGCGAGUACAAGCGCAGUGCAACAGUCAUCUCCGGUCUGAGCGAGCAGUGUUGUUUAGAAUUGUUCCAGUAACGUUGUAUAACGGCAAGAGAAGGGUCAGUGCGAUAGCAUUCAUUGACGAAGGGUCGUCAAUUACCAUGGUGGACAACGAACUAGCGGAAGCGCUGGGCGCAGAUGGUCCAGUAGAACCGUUGCAGAUGAGCUGGACGAACGGUGUACAACGUACGGAGCAUCAGUCCAAGAAGGUGUUAUUGGCAAUAUCCGCUCGAAACUCAUUGAAUCGGUACGAGUUGUUGGAGGCUCACACCGUGCAUAGGUUGGAUCUCCCUGCUCAGAAGUUGGAUGCUAGGAAGCUAGUUCAGGAGUUUGCACACCUCGAGCACAUCGAUAUCGAUCCUUACGAGAAAGCUGCUCCGAAGAUCUUGUUGGGAAUCGAUAAUCUCCACCUCAUCGCCCCGCUAGACUCCCGAGUAGGAAAGCCUGGAGAGCCAGUCGCUGUUCUGUGUAAGCUUGGAUGGACGGUGUAUGGUCCACGUACAAACGUCGUAGGCAACGUACAUUUCCUGGGGCACCAUCGAUGCGCUUGUGAGGAAUGCAGUCAGGCAGAUAAAAGGUUGGACGACGCGAUAAAACAGCAUUAUCAGCUCGAAGAGGUCGGAGUAUCGCCAAUACGCCUUGAAUCGAAAGGACCCAAAGAGGAUCGACGAGCUCGUGGAAUUUUGGAGAAGACAACCCGGAGGGUGGGCCAGAGAUUCGAGACUGGACUGUUGUGGAAAGAGGACGAGAUCCAUUUCCCCGAUAGUUUCAACAUGGCUAUGAAGCGGAUGCGAAGUCUGGAAGGUCGAAUGAAUCGAAAUCCGGGGGUGCGCGAAGCCCUGCAGAAACAGCUGAAUGACUACCUAGUCAAGGGUUACGCACAUCGCAUCACUGAACGUGAAUUGAGGGAGACUCCGAGGAAUCAAGAGUGGUAUUUGCCGCUGAACUACGUGGUCCAUCCGAAGAAACCUGGAAAGGUGCGCUUGGUCUGGGAUGCGGCUGCGAGGGUGCAAGGAGUGUCAUUGAAUGAUAAGUUGCGGAAAGGGCCGGACAUGGUUGCAGCACUAUCGGCCGUGAUCAACAGUUUCCGUGAGAGACGAAUCGCGUUCGGAGGUGACAUAAGGGAAAUGUUUCACCAGGUACUAGUACGUCCGGAGGAUCGACAGGCACAGCGGUUCCUUUUCCCAGGUCCAAAUGGGGAAGUGGAAAUCUUCGUGAUGGAUGUCGUGAUUUUCGGAUCGAAUUGCUCACCCUGUUCUUCACAAUUUGUGAAAAAUCUGAACGCUCAAGAACACGCUGGUGAGUUUCCUGAAGCGGCGGAUGCUAUCAUCCGUAAGCAUUAUGUCGAUGAUUACUUCGAUAGCGCGGAUACUGAAGCGGAAGCAGUGAGAAGAGCUACCGAUGUGCGGCAUUUGCAUGCCAGAGGGGGUUUCGAGAUCAGGAACUGGGUCAGUAACUCGAAGGAAGUUUUGCGGCAGCUCGGAGAGGCGGAUAGUAUAGUGAAGGCGCUAGAAGUGGACAAGGGUAGUCAAACGGAGAGAAUUCUUGGAGUGCUCUGGGAUCCUGAAGAAGAUGCAUUUUCCUUCUCCACGGAGAUUCGGGACGAUCUGCAGCCAUAUGUUCGAGAAGGUGCCUGGCCUACGAAAAGGAUCGCGUUGAGAUGCAUAGCUAGCAUGUUUGAUCCCAAACAGUUUCUUGCUCCAUUGUUGAUUCACGGGAGGAUCAUAAUGCAGGAUCUGUGGCGUAGCGGAAUCGGCUGGGACGAAAGGCUAAAAGAAGAACACUACAAGCGGUGGCAGCAGUGGACAAAGUUGUUCUAUCUUAUCGACGGAAUACGAGUUCCUCGAUGUUAUCUCGGAGGAUUGGAUUCGAAGAAUAGAGGGGUGCAACUUCACGUUUUCACCGAUGCUGGAGAUGCAGCGUAUGGAUGCGUCGCCUACUUUAUAUUCGACUACGGCGAAGUCAUUCACUGCGCAUUCGUCGAAGCGAAGGCAAAGGUGGUACCGUUGCAGUACUUGUCCACUCCGAGGAAGGAGUUGGAAGCUGCAGUCCUGGGUGCACGAUUGGUCAAUUCGAUUUGCGAAAACCAUUUUUUUCCGGUGAAGAGAAGAUUCCUGUGGUGUGACUCCGAUACGGUGGUUUCUUGGAUAAAGUCCGACCAACGAAGGUACAAACCCUUUGUCGCCCACCGGAUAGGAGAGAUAGUCAGCAUCACAAAUCCAGAAGAGUGGCAUUGGGUGGGAACGAAAUGUAAUCCUGCCGAUGACCUGACGAAGUGGGGCAAGGGAACGGAGAUCAAAUCGGAGAGCCGAUGGUACCGUGGACCUGAUUUCCUAUACCGAGGAGAAGAAGAGUGGCCGAAGCAGGAUCGUCUGCGAGUUGAAGUAGCCGAAGAGCUCCGAGCGAGCGUGCUACUACACCAUAUUUUAUUGCCCGAUAGCCUGAUCGAGAGGAUGUGCCAUAUCUCGCGUUGGCCAGUGAUGGUACGAACGGUUGCUACGGUAUUCCGUUUCAUUUCAAAUUGCCGUCGCCGUGUACAGAAGAAGCCGAUUGAAGCUUUAUGGGGGAGUAGCAAGCGAUCCGGAGUACGAGGAUUCCCGAGCGUUGAAGUGCCGUUACAACAGAAAGAAUAUCUGGCGGCGGAGAAUCUUUUGUGGAAAGCUGUGCAAGCGGACCAGUUCGCCGAUGAAGUGAAGACCUUGUGGAGGAAUAAGGAGCUGCCGAGCUCACAAGCAAUACCGCUCGAGAGAUCAAGUGCGUUGUAUCGUCUGGCACCGUUCCUGGAUGAAGACGGAGUUAUUCGCAUGGAAGGUAGAACCGAAGCAGCGGAGUAUGCACCGUUCGACGUCAGGUUCCCGAUCGUUCUACCAAGGGACCAUGCAGUGACGACGAGGUUGCUGGAGCACUACCAUCGAGAGCAUGGCCACAGCAGCAGGGAGAGUGUUGUGAACGAAGUUCGGCAGCGGUUCUACAUACCCAGGCUACGGGUACAAAUCGACAAGGUUAUGCGAGCAUGUACUUGGUGCAGUAUUCGGAAGGCAAAGCCAUCUGUGCCGAGAAUGGCACCCCUGCCGAGGCAGCGCUUAGCAGCGAGGGUCGAUCCGUUUGCCUACGUAGGUAUCGACUACUUCGGGCCGCUGGAAGUGUCCAUUGGACGAAGGAUGGAGAAAAGGUGGGUAGCACUUUUCACGUGUAUGACAACGCGUGCGGUACACCUGGAGGUGGCGUACAGCCUUACGACGGAGUCGUGUAAAAUGGCGAUCAGGAGGUUUGUGAAGCGACGCGGCAGUCCAUCCGAAAUCUUCUCCGACAACGUCACGAAUUUCGUGGGAGCCAAUCGAGACCUAAUGAAAGAGCUAAAUGCGGGAUGUGGAGACACAUUUACCAGUGCGAAGACCAGGUGGACGUUUAAUCCUUCCUCAGCACCACACAUGGGCGGAGCUUGGGAGAGAAUGGUACGCUCGGUGAAGGAGGCAAAGAAGGCGUUCAUCGAUGGCAGAAAGCUGACGGACGAAAUAUUGCACACCGUGCUGAUUGAAGCGGAGAAUCUGGUGAACUCUCGUCCCCUCACAUACGUAUCCACGAACGUGAAGGAGGACCAAGAAGCUUUGACGCCGAAUCACUUCUUGCGCGGGCGUCCAAUUGCUGAGUGCUUGCCGCCGAGGAACUCGGUGGAGCUAGCUGAUACGCUGCGGAGCAGCUAUAACCGAGCGCAGUUCUUGGCGCACAAAUUUUGGGAUCGUUGGCAGAAGGAGUACCUGCCCACACUGAAUAGCAGGUCGAAAUGGAUGGUCGACCAACGUCCAGUUGCGGUUGGAGACCUAGUGUUCGUUGCUGACGGCGAAAAGCGGAACGUUUGGGAACGAGGUAUGGUGAAGGAGGUGUUCACGGGAAGUGACGGCCGAAUCCGAUCGGCGUCCGUGCAAACCUCAAAGGGAGAAAAGGUCCGGCCAGUGGCGAAGCUGGCUAUUUUGGAGCUGAAUUGUGAGGAGUAA